AUGAAUUCGAGUCAACUCCGGGAGGAGGGUGGCUCCACGGACGGCAUGGCCGACGAACCAGAGCUGUCCCGAGCAGACGACCAGGAUUCGAGCUCGAUGAGCGACCAAGAGACAGUGAAGGGCAACAGAGAUGAGGACCACAUUGCCGACAUUCUGGAAGAGGAGGGAAAUACUGGUAUUGAGUCCUCUGCGCUCCCUGCCGGUCCAAGCUCCAUCGCACAUCGCUAUCGAGAACUGCUCCAAGUAGAGCACGAGACGCCGUCAGAAGAUGGUUCAACCGAUGCCAUACCCCGGCGGUUCCGUGAUCUCCUCCCCCGGCAGCAGCCUACACCCCUCUCUCGCCUCUCGCCCUGGCAUAGCCAGUCCUACGCCUUCCUUCCGACCAUUCGACCAAAGAUUCCAGUCCCGUAUCACCUCGCCAUACCUCUCCUCGCCAAGACCCUCGUCCCCCGCGUUCCCAUCCACCCACAGCCGGAACGUAUCGAUGAACAGCCAGUUGCUACUAGACCCAGGGGACACCGAAACACCAUCACCACCAUGGGAGGUUCCGUUGAAUCCGGCCCCAUUACUGCAAUCGCAAUAUCCGCAGAUCAUACCACCAUCGCCGGUGGGCACGCGAACGGCAACAUAUUUACAUGGGACACCUCGCGAGCUGCUGGGAGGCCAUUUCUUAGUAUCCCGCACUUGGACCCAAUGCACCAAACCAGCAAAUCAGCCGAUGGCCAUGUGCUGAAUGUCAAAGUCACCCACUUGGGCUUCCUCGGCACCCGACACACGGCUCUUGUCUCUGCCGAUGACCGAGGAAUGGCUUUCUCGCAUCUCGCAACUAGGGGCACUGGAGCACUCGGAAGAACAGUUAAAACGACGCGGAUAUUGGGCCGGUACCCGGACGCGAAACCUCCGCCUGGGAAAACGCUGAAGCCAAGCACCGUCCUAGCGUUUGCGUCAUUACCCCUCGGCAACGUUGAGAUGGCUACCGAUGGCUUGGGGCUGACCGCGAUGCUUACGCCCUACCUGCUUGUCAUCGUAUCUACCACCCCUAUUGCCCAGACCCAACACAAAUCCGCGCGACCGAAGGAAGUUGUUGCCCACAGUGCUCUGACGGGGUGUUUGGCCUGGUUCCCCGGCGUCAAACUGAAAGUGGCAGAUCCUGUCACAGGAAGUCAAAUCUCCAAAGUCAAGCUAGUGUACUGCUGGUCUAAUGUCCUGACCGUUCUGGAUGUUGACGAGAUCCCAUCAGAGGACAAGGAUAAACCACCAAGCCUGAGAUUUCGGGCACGGAGCCGGUGGAAGUGCGAGGAAGCUAUCGUCGCGGUGCAGUGGUUAAGCCGGUCAGUUUUGACUGUGCUAACCAUUUCUCAGCGUCUCAUUGUCCUCGAAGACCGAAGUAUGCGCAUGACCGAGGCUUUUGAUCUCAUCCACAAACAUAUCUAUCACGUCGACCUGUUCUCGAAGCAGCUCAACACCUUGGUGGAGCAGCUCGACGAGGAAGAUCCCUCAAUGCACGGCGUUGUUGCUGACGCAUUCUAUAUGAGCUUCAAGACUUACAAAGGACGGCUCUUCCUCCUUGGGCUUAACGACAUAUCAAUAGGAGCCUUGUCUAACUGGGCUGACCGGCUUAUCGCACUCAUGGAGAAUGGCGACUAUGUUGGUGCUAUCACACUCGCAACGUCCUACUACAUGGGAGACGCCAACAAGCUCACGGUCGGACUACCGGAGGACACCAAGUUGAGGCACUCCAUGGUUCAGGACAGGUUGAUGGAGAUCAUGAGAGCCUCGCUAAAGUACGCCUUUGGCCAAAGGCAAAAAAACAGGGAAUCGACUGAUGACCACCAUUUCCAAGAACUCUCUGAGACGUGCUUCGUAGCCUGUCUGAGUGUGGGGGACAUUGAUUUCCUUUUCGACGAGAUGUACGAAUGGUACGAAGAGGCUGGCGUGGAGGGUAUUUUCCUCGAGGCUCUGGAGCCCUACAUUCUCGACGGGUCCAUCACUGCAGUCCCCCCGGUUGUUGUGAAGGCAUUGAUCACGCAUUUUGUCACCAAGAGUUGGGAAAGCCGGCUAGAGGAGAUGAUCUGCCACAUGGACACGGCGACCCUCGACCUGGAUCAGAUCACUUUACUUUGCAAGCAGCAUGGUCUGUAUGAUGCAUUGCUCUACGUUUGGAACCAGGCACUGAGCGACUUCGUCACGCCACUGUUUGACCUGCUCUCGCUGCUGGUACCAUUGAUGCAGAACGGGCAGGCGUCGGGCAGUCAGAUGGACGCCGAGAUAUACGGUGUGAACGCUUUGAAGAUCUUUCCAUAUCUCUCUUACGUUCUCACCGGACGAGUUUACCCAACCGGCGACGCCCUUCCAGAAGAUGUCGCGCAACAGGCAAAAGCCGAGCUCUACUGGCUGCUUUUCUCGGGCAAGAGCAUCACAUGGCCGAAGGGUAGCAACAAGCGGCUUCUGACAAGGCCGAACCGGUCUGAAGAGCCCUCGUUUCCGUACCUUCGGCUGGUUUUGAACUUCGACGCCGCGAGCUUCUUAAGCGCUCUCAACGAAGCGUUUGAGGAUUCGUUCCUCAAUGACUCCCCCGAAAAGUCGGGCGGCAGCGCCGGCCGUGAUCUACCCGAAGAGCAAAUCUUUGGUAUGACGGUAAAUCGGCAGUACAUCGUCUCGAUCUUGAUGGAAAUUAUGAAUUCGUCCGACUUUACGCCUAAUGAAACAAUCUACCUGGAUAUGUUCAUCGCCAGGAACCUGCCGAAGUACCCACAAUACCUCUUGUUCCCUGGCUCAACGCUGACCAAAGUCCUGGUCGGGCUUUGCAAAUACCCGGGGCAGGACCUGGCUGAGGAUGCUCAGCUCAGCGCCGAGUAUCUGCUGUCAGUGUACCAACCACCGGAUGUUACUGAACUCAUACCGCUGUUCAAGGAAGCUAGUUUCUACCGCAUUCUGAAGCGCAUUUACAGAGGGGACAAGCAGUACGGGAAGCUCAUUCACACCUACUUUGAAGAUCCAGAAGACCAGGAAGACGUUUUUAACUGCAUCGAUCUCUAUCUGCGACCACAGGCAGAGCCAGAAAAGGAAACCACUCUCGGCCGCUCAACAGACAGGGACCUGGUGGAGCAAUACCUGCGCCUAAUGUGCCAGUUUGAUCCGGACCGCGUCUCGGACUACGUCGGUCUAGUCCAGUCCUCGAACCUGAGGCUGGAACAGCUGCUCCCAACAAUGGAGGAAACGGGCGUGAUCGACGCAGCGGUCAUCCUCAUGGCAAAAGACGGCCAAAUCCAAGAAGCCAUGGGCCGCUUGGUCAAACACCUUGAGACGCUCGAGUCGGCUCUGCAGGGUCUUCUUGCCGGGUCCCGGGACGAUGCCCGUGGGGUACAGGCCUCCGCCGAGGAUCUGGUUCAAGGCCUGCGGAAGUUCGUUUUGGAACCCCUUUCUCCUACCAACGGUGACCCCCACCACCCACCCCCGCUCGACACCAACAAACUUCUCGCCCUCCUCCGCGGCCUCGUCCAAACCACCUUCACAGCCCUCCUCAACUCAACCUCCACCUCCACCACCACGAAAACAACAACCACCACAACCAGAACAACCACCACGGCGACCACCACGGCUGGCCUCGGCACGAACCUCGCCUUCCUGCGCAUCCUGCGCGCCUUCCUCACCCGCGCCGCCGCCGCCUCGCCCAGCCUAGCGGACCUGCGCGCCGUGCUGGCGUCGGUCUUCUCGGCGUACGCCUACGAGGAGUCCAUCCUGCGCCUCUCCAACCGCCUGCUCGACCGCUCGCUGUUUGUCAGCGUCGCCCGCGCCGUCGAGCUGCGCCAGCGCGGGUGGCGGCCCCGCGGGUCGAUGUGUGAGGCCUGUGCGCGUCGCGUCUGGGGGCCGGGGGUGCAGGGAGGGAGGGGGGUGUAUGAGGCGUGGGAGGCGGCGGAGGAGAGGAGGAGGAGGGUGGGGAGGGUGGGGAGGGGUUUGGGGGGUGGUGUGAGUGGUGCGGGUGCGGGUGGUGGUGGUGGCGGUGCUGCCGCUGCUGCUACGGUAGGAGCUGUGAGGGAGGAGCAGGACGAGGAGGAGAUUGCAGGCAUAUUUACCAUCAGAGCUCGUCUGGAAGCGCUGCUGGCCGAAGGAUGGCGCAAGGACAAGGAGAGCGGAGUACCGGUGUCCUAUUGGAUGGGUAGGGUAGACGGGGGCGGGUGGUUUAGUUACAACACCACACAUGUCAAUGGCAGCACCAUGCCCGUAAUCACGGAGGAAGAAGUUGACGAAGAUGUCGUCCGCAUUCCCGCAUUAAACGGAAACCGGCCGUUUGCCCGACAAGACUCGUCCGGCUCGAGCAACCUCAACCCCGACCACGAUCCCAAUUCCACCGACGAGCACCUCCCCAACGAAGACGACGAAGAAGAACAAUCCUACUCCUCCGCGUCCGGCUCCGAAUCAGAAGACGACGAUGAUGAUUACGACGAUGACGACGACGACAACGACGACAACAACAACCCGCGGCGGCGCCGGCCCCCACAACCACCCUUCACCCAGCACACCUUCGCGCCGCCCUUCUACGGCCGGCCGCCAACCCCCCUCCCGCCAUCCCCUUCCCUGACCUCCCUCCUCCGCCCGUCCCGCCCCACCACUCCAGACGCGUCAGACGACGACGGCCACGGGCACGGACACGGACACAACAACGGCGGCGCGGGCACUUCCACCACAGCAGGCGGCGGCGGCGGCGGUGGUGGGAAUGGACACCUGGGCGAACCAGUCCCCCGCGCGCGCCCCAAGGUGCCGACGUACGAGUACUACGGCUUUGUGCUGUACCUGUUCAGCUCGCUCUUCUUUUUGGUCUACCUGCUGUGGAGCUACCUGCCGUCGCCGUUCUUGCACGCGCUGGGCAUCUACUACUACCCCAACCGCUGGUGGUCGCUCGCGAUUCCGAGUUUUCUGGUCAUGCUGCUGGUGUACAUCUACGUGGCGCUCGCGGGGUACAAUUUGGAGAUCUUGACGCUGCCGCUAGAGAGUGUGGAGACGGUGGUGGAUGAGGCGGCGAUGGUGGCGGUGGUGGAUUCGAAGGGGAGGAUUGUGAGGGGGGAGAAGAAGAGGAGGGAGGGCGGCGGGCGGAGGAGGAGGGGGACGGUUACGAAGGAUGGGGGGGCUUCGGGGUCGGGGUCAGGGGCGGGUCCUGGAGAGGGCGUCAAGUUGAACUGGAGGGAGGUGUGGAAUGAGGGGACGGAUGCGGUCAUGGAUGUGCCGCUGGCAGGAGUGUGUGAGGUGCUGUAUGGGGAAGGGAGGGACUGGGAUAGUGAGCUGGAGGAUGAGGACGUGGGGAUCACGAGGAUAUAG